UUUUCAUUCAAGAUCUCAGCCUCACUAUGCCGCCACCAGCUUCAGACGAGUUCUUCUGUCUUUUUGAAUUUGAAAGCGAUGACAGCGUCGAAAUUGGACCAUUUUCUUGGAUAUUAGACACGGACAAGGAUGUGGAUCCUGAAAGCUAUGUCGAUCAAGCUGUUGAAGUUAUGUGGGUCAGUGGCAGCAAAACGGAGAAGUAUCGAGCAACAGUGUUGGCUGUAAAUAGAUCCAAGGAUAAUCUCAUCAGAAAAAGGAACAAGAUGUGUGACGGGCAAUCAAUGGAGACUGAUAAGGAAACUGGGAGAGGGAAGAGAAAGAAGAAACCAACACGCACAUACAUGUAUUCAUCUUCGGAGUUGGAGACGGAUGAUGAGGAGCCUCAACCAAAAGAAACAAAGAAAUCAAAAUCAAAAAUUUCACAGUGCAAUGAGAUGGCCAGGGAUCUCAGGAAGCAAAUGUUUGGUGCCAAUGAAACGAAAAAAUCAAAUGGACGUACGGCAACGGGAAGUGGAACAAGUGGUGAGAUAAUUGACCUGAAAAAGCAGUUGGAGAAAUCAAGGAGAGAGACUGAGGAUCUGCAGGUGAAGCUGACUAAGGAGAAGGCAGUUAGGGAAAAGAUACAGCAACAGCUGUUGUUUUUGCAAGGAGUGCCUAAAUUCAUCGAAACCUUUAAAGGGUUCAUAGUGGAUAUGGAGGAGAUGUCGAGACUCAAGGCUGAUCAUGAAGAGAUGCACUGUCCAUCAGGAGGGUCAUCUACAUCAUCCUCGCCCGCUCGUUCCUCGCCCGCUCGUUCCUCCACCCAGUCCUCCACCCAAUCCUCGCCAUCAUCAGCACGACCACAGGUCAUGUCAAGUCAAAGUUCCCAGGAGUGUCAUCGGAAAUCCGCAUCGUUAUGCGGAACAAAGUUGGCAACGAAAUUAAGUUGGCCAAACGUAGAUCUCAACCGAAAGAGAACCAAGCCAAAGAAAACCAAGCCAAAGAAUUAAACCAAGAACCACAAGAUGAGACCGAAUGAAGCACUUUGUCAAGAUGACUAAUUAAUUAAUAAUGAGCUAAGUCUUGUUACUUACUAAUUAUCCCCUGUUC